AUGGGAGUUUCACCUCCGGUGAAGAUUUUCGAUAAUGUCCGCUUUUCUGUCCACUUUACAAUCGCAAACAGCGAGGUGAAUAAAGCGGUCUUCAUCUCCAAGAACCGAACGGAAAGCGAUGAAGACAGUGAUGACGUUUCCUCUCUGGUUUCGCCCAGUUGUACCCUGAAGCAGGACGCAGGAGGUUUUUCCGAUGAUUGCAAUUCCGAGACAAGCAGCAGUACGAUGGUGGCGCAAAUCCUAUCGAAAAGUCGCGAACGGGACUCCAAAGCUUUCGACAAAUGGCUGAAAGCUAAAGUAGAGACGGAACGCAUACGGAAAGAAAAAGAACAAAAACGCAAACGACGCGAGGAGGCAAUUAAAAAAUUAGAGGAAGAACGUCGAAAGCAAGAAAGUGAGGAAAAGCUGAAGAAAUGGGUGGAACGCAAAGAACUGGAAAGAAAAAAGAAGCAAGAAAUUCAAGAAAAACAGAAGCAAAAAAAGGAAUUAGAGCAGAAGCUUAGCAAAAAUUGGACUAACAGUGAUGACAGUACAACCAAUUUCAACGCGUGGCUAAGCCGCGUUAAGCAACAGAAAGAAGAAACGAAACUACGCCAACUGGCAAAGCAGCGCAUAGAGGAAGAGAUCAAACAGCAGCGACAGGACCUGUCGCGAAUGUUCUACGGCGAGUGGCUCAAAUCGGCGAAGGACAAGCCGAAACCGGUUCCGCUGAACCGUGGCAUCGAGAGCCUUCGGGGAACGGUUUCGAAAAUCUUCAUCAAUCCCAAUCCAUGGCAGGCGACUGACUGA